AUGAUUCGCGCCACAGGAGUUGUGCGGUCAACAUCGAGUCGCAAGAUUGUUAUAUAUCAUUAUAAAAUCUUUGGUUUAAGAUCUUUGGCUGAUGUCAACAGAGAGUAUCUUUGCCCAGAAGAAUUACGCUGCUUCUGCUUGUGUCAAACGAAACUAGUAAAAAAUAAAGUGCCUACUAUGAACGAAACAGAAUUAGAGAGGCCCCCUCCAAAAUAUAUGGAAGUUGUCAAUAAAUUGACAUUGGCAGAUGCAAAGGAGGCUGGACCUUUCGUAGAUGGCUGUAAGGUUUAUCUGAGUGGAUUUACUCCUGAUGUCUGUGAAAAUCUUAGCGGGAUUCUAAAUGCAGGUGGAGCAACAAGAUUAAAUGAACUCUCAGACUCAGUAUCCCACAUUGUUGUUGGUGACCAUGUACCUGAAGAUGUAAAUUACCGCAAGAAGAGUGGAAUCAGACCACAUGUUGUAACUGUUGACUGGUUGCUUGAGAGCAUGAAGCAAAGGCAUCCUGCGCCCGAAUCACAUUUCUUGGUAUUUGUGAAGCCUACUGAACUACCAUUACGAUUGAGCAGAAAGCCUUUGUCCAAGAUUAAGGGCCAGUCGGGGGAAACAUUUGGAGGAAUAAACAUUCCAAGAAAGCGCAAGGCAGAAGAGUUGCAGCAAAAAAAUAGUGAUAGCUUGGCUUCCCCACCUGCAGCAACACGUGUUCGUAUCUUCUCACCUGUAGCUGGUACCUCAAGGGACAAUGUGCAGCCUGAAAGUAGUUCACAGACUGGAGUGAAACAACCACCCAAAAUACUGAUAUCAUCCAUGAAAGACAAGCGUGCAUAUGUCAAAAUGAUCAUGGACCUGGGUGGCAUUGUGUCGUAUAAAUCUGUCUUUGAUCCCACAACAACGCAUCUCAUUUGUUCCAGGCCAGGAUGGUAUAAAAAGACAGCAUGUUGUAACCUAUUGCUUUGUAUUGCAUCUGGGAAAUGGAUAUUACACAAGAGCUUCAUAGAUGCAAGUUGCCGAGCAGGUACUUUUGUUGAGGAAGAGGAAUAUGAAUUUGGAAACCCCAAAGCAGAAAAACUGUGGGGUAAACUGCAACCCAGAAGUAUGCAAAUGGCGCUGGCAAAGGCAGGUUACAGGUGGCGACGUAAACUGUGUGGUGGUAACAGCGGGCCUUUCACCGGCAUGAGGGCCAUCGUAUGCACGAAACAGAAGAAGGCGGUUCUUCUUGCCCAGGUUAUCAAGGCAGGAGGUGGAGAGGUGCUGGACAUCAGGCAAGUUUUUUCGGAAGUUUGUGGUUUCAGUAAAGUUGGGCAUUUAUGUAUUUACUGUUGCACAGACAACAUGGAAAUAAACCAGAUUAACUGGAAAAGUGCAGUACAUCAUACUGUGCAUGCACAUCGUGUUGACACUCGGCUCGGUGGCUGA